UUUGCUCGCAUUCUAUUUGUAAACGAAAAUUAAAUAACCCGAGCAUAGAUAUCAAUCAAUCAAUCUAUCUAUCUCCAUACUCCGUACCGCAUCCUUUUCCCUCCACCUCACGUUGAGGCAAAACGGACUCCAUCUACGACUUGCUAUCCAUACUCACUGUAGAUGCUACAGCCCCUUGUUCUAUGUUUCCCCUCAGACCCAGAUCCAGAUCCUGUGUAUCUUUCUUGCAUACAGUAUAUAAUAACAAUAAUACCAGGAUCACCGGCUUGACUCGACUGGCAUCAUUCAGGCCUCACAUCCAGUCAGUGAACAACACCCGCACGAUGUCAUCGUCAUCGUCAUCACGCCCAAUCGAGCUGGAGAAAAUCAAGACACUCCUUAAUUAUUCUGCCUGUGAUGUAUCCGAUGCCCUCCUCAAACUCCAAAAGAUUUCACCAGGAACAACGGCGCGAGCCGGCCAUCUUGCUGAUUUCGUCCCCUUUUCCCCCACAUCCAACAAGAGGAAAAUAAUCGCCCCAGCAUCAACCUUCAAAUUCAUCCCCAAGGACCAACCCCUCCCAUUCGGGAUGGACCUGGACCCCAAGAUCAGGAUCGAGGACCACGGUUUUCCACCGGGAACACACUGGGUCGAUCACGCUGAGCCUGGGACAAUCGUGGUCGUCGAACAGCCCACGGGCCAGUACUGUGCUGCCGUUGGAGGCAUCAUGGCGACUAGGAUGAAAGUCCUGGGUGUGCAGGGUGUGGUUGUUGAUGGGCGGAUUAGGGAUUUGGGUGAGAUUCGGGAGUUGGAGCUUCCUGUUUGGGCCCAUUCAACCUCAACAGUCGGGACAGGAGCAGAGUCCAAACCAGCUACUAGAAACCUGCCGAUUUGCGUAUCUGGCAUCGAGGUCCGGCCGGGGGAUAUCAUCUUUUGUGAUCCCGUUGAGGGCGCGGUGGCUAUCCCGCGCGAGCUGCUGGACCAGGUUAUCGAGCUGAUGCCGAAACUGGUUGACAUGGACGAUAAGGUCAAGGAGGCUGUUGCUGGGGGUGAGAGUGUUUUUGAGGCUUUUAAGAGGUUCAGGACGAAGAUCUGAUUGAUUGAUAAUAUUUCUUUCUCAUUCCCUUAAUGUUGGACAAGAGAUAAAUACU